GCAAGCGGGGAGGCUGGCGAGAAAUCGCACUUAGCGGGAAUUCCGCACUGAAAAUGCACACCCUCAGCCAUCCACAAUCCAAAGCUCGAUCUGAUUGACCAAGAAUCGCUAGGGGCAACAUGGUGUCGAUCCGGAACGCUACCGUACGUGUGCUGUGCUAUGUGUUGGGAGAUGUAGACAGCAGUGGUGCACCUAGCACAUGUUGGUCUAUGGAUCUCCAACUUGACGUGCUGUAGCUCACCCUGUGGGCUGCUCAAUCGAUGCCUUAACUGAUCCUGUGUCUACCUGGCUUUUACUGUAGGCGGAUGACCUGCUGCAGGUGCAGAACUCCAACCUCUGGUGCCUGCCGGAAAACUACCAGAUGAAGUACUACUACUACCACAUCAUGACGUGGCCUCAGCUUCUCUACGUUGCCGAGGAACGCGGCGGCAAAAUCGUCGGCUACGUACUGGCCAAGAUGGAGGAGGAGGCAUCCGUGCCUCAUGGCCACAUCACGUCUCUAGCGGUACUUCGCACGCAUCGCAAGUGCGGUCUCGCCACCAAGCUCAUGCUGGCUGCCCAGCGUGCCAUGGUGGAGAGCUUUGGAGCCGAAUAUGUGUCACUCCACGUUCGUGAGGGCAAUGUGGCGGCCAUCCACUUGUACCGCAAGACGCUCAAGUACCAGGUGUACGACAUUGAGAAGGGUUACUAUGCCGACGGAGAGGAUGCCUAUGACAUGCGCAUGCCCUUCACGGAGAAGUGUAACCAGGCCUUUUCCUCGCAAGUGAACCGCUUCAAGAAAGUGUUAGCUGAGAAAGACGCGGAGAAGGCAGCCAAGGCCGCUAAGGAGAAGGAGGCUUCUGCUUAAUCGCUCUACGUUAGCGUCGGAAGAAGGGUUGCGCUUAGAAGGUCGUGAAUGAACUGUUAGACGCAAUAGUAGUGCUGAGGGAGUGAACGCGGCAAGGGUGAUCGAUGGCUAACGUAGAUAUUUAGCAGGUGACCGGUUCAGCCAUCUACUGACCCUAGUUACGAGAUUUUACCAUGUCAACCCAGCACAAUCCUGUGGUAGUAUUUGCGGCUUUGCAGGUUUCCUGCGAGUUUGGGCUUCGCAACAACGUUCUUCAACUGUGCUGUGAUGUCUCUUCAGUUAAUCUGCGCUCAGGGUCUUGCUCGGCCGCCCCAGUUACUGUUGGUAGCUCAUUGGUACCUUCAGCGGAGCCUAUAGGUAUUUCUGCACCUCCUGCAAUCGCGGAGCCAGCGGGGUUAUCUGUGUCCCUAC